AUGCGCUGGCUUUUAUUAAUUUCGGCAGUUGCUGCUUUAAGCGUUGCCCAACAGGACUGGGACGCAUCCAACUUCCCGAAUCCAGCCAGCGAUUUUCAAAAGUAGGUUUGAGUCGAUUCGCAAAAUUUGACCUCAAUACCAAAAAGCCUAUGCAUUUUACGAACAAGUACACAAAAAUAUGAUAGCUCAGAGUGUUUUAUCGCACGAAAAAAAAUCUACUUGACAAGGAGAAGCUCCGAAAAUGAUUCUUUGAAGUUUCCUUACCAAAUUGUGGUUUACCAAAUACUGCUACUUACUAAUGAUACAUAUUCUACGACAAGGGCGAUUUUUGCUUUUACGAAGAGUACUGUAUGUGAAAUUCCGCAUUUGGCGUGUGCACUUUGCGUGUUUGCACAUUUCCGCUUUUUUCCAUUUUUGUUCUAAAUCUCAUCGAAAGGAAAUACAACUAUAGGAAAAAUUUUGAAUUAGAUCAACUAUUCAUUCAGACUCAUUAUAAAACGCGAAAUAAAAAAUUUUUAAAUAAAGAUGGAAAAAGGAAGGAAAUAGACCACGCGCAAUGUGCAAACACGCAAAGUGCACACACCAAACGUUCAAAUACAGUAAUCUUCGAGAAUGAAAAAUCGCUCUUUUCGUAGCACUUAACAAUAGAAAACUCUAAAUUACCCCUUAUCCCACAAAUGAAAAUGAACGUUACAGAUGCCAAAUGACUGGUGCUUCGAAUCUUUGCGACCCCGAAGGUCUUCUUUCCCCAGAAACUCGUACCCAAGUCGACAGCGAGCUCAAACAGUUUGAAAGUCGCACGAGAAAUGUUCGUUUUCAUAGGAAUUACGCGCCUUUAGGUCUACCAUAUCACAAUUUUUUCAAAUAGGGACUUCAACUCAAGGGCUUGAAAAUGAACAGUUAAGUUCAGGACAGUGGACGAACAUUCUGCGAGAAGCGCGGAGUGACGCCAGUGAUGGCAGUUUUGCGGAAAGUCCGCGGAGGAACCCCCUCGGUUUGUGUUUCUCACUAAUUAAUUCCAAAAAACGAACUUUGAAAGUUGAUUUUUAAACUACAGGAUGAGCGCCAAUUGGCGGCCGAUCUCCUCAACCGCUGGUCUCUGGACGAACAGUGCCGAAAAGCUCUAGCGAUGGUGGUGAGUUUUCUCAAAAAAACUCUUUUUUUUCUAAGAUUAAAGUUCAUGUCACCGCGUGUAGUCAUUUAUGUGGUAAGACAUUUUAUUUUUUCAAACAAUUCGUUUCUUUAAAAAAAUUAGGAAUUAGAAGUCCAUGUCAAAAAUUAAAAAAAGUCCCUGUUCUAGUUAUUUCAAUUCAUCGACGGCCAACCCUGAAAUGACUGGCAAAAAAAAAAAAUGGAAAAAGUACCUGUCAAAUUUUCGUGAGUCGAUUUAAUGGUCCCUAUAUUUCUAUCCGAUUCUUCUUCGGUUUAACUCUGAAAUAAAAAACCUAAUUAAAAAAAAUAUAUUGCCAAACCUUCCAUGAGGUUAUAGGAGAGCCCUGACAGGAAAUGAGACGAAGAUGAACUAAUAAAAUAAAAAAAUGAAGAAAUUCCACGUUUUUUUCGAACUUGCGCCCUCUGAGGUAUUAGGGAAACUUAUAUUCCAUAAUUUUUUUUCAACGAAAAAAACAAAACGAUUUAUCAUUUAUCACACAAAGUCAAUCACAAAGUUAAAAAAAUAAUAAGAUUUCUUCAUUUAAAUGAGUUUGCUGAUGCUCUCCACCGAAAUUCCUCUCCUUCAUUCUGAAAAAGUAAUAUUUCUCUCAAAAAACGGAAAUUUUGUCUAGACCUCGAGAAGUUAUAUGAAAAUUCCGUUUUUACAGCUCUCAAUGGACGACCACAAGCUUUCAAUCGCACGCCAAGAAGGUGUACCAAUUUCUGACAACGAGUUUGCGCAUAUUUUUGAGCAACAAGUAAGAAAUUUUGAGUGAAAAAAUGACCAAAAAAUGAUUACAGAGGCCACUUUUCGAGAAGCUGGAUUAUAAGCCAGCCCUCGUCAACGUUAUUCAGUCUAUGAGGUGAAAAAUAAAUUUUUUCAGUGGAAUAUGUAUUUUUUUCAGAGAAAGAGCAUUGAUUCCACUUGACGCGGUCAACAAAACCAUUAUUACUACCAGAAAUCGUACGGUGACGGUUGACGAGGAGACGACGACUAUUCUAGGUUCCUAUUUGAUGGAAUAACUAGAAAAAAGAAGAUAAAUAAAAACCGAAAAGUUUGAAAAUUUAUUAACGAAGUAAAGCAAAUAAGUUAUUUUCCUAGUGACUUUGACGAUAUUUUUCUUCAAAUACUUUUUUUCCUGGUUGAUUUUCACCCUUCACUCACCUUAACUCGACAAAUUAAUUUCAGCCGAAGAAUCGUCUUCGGAAUGGUCGUUCCGCGACUUUCUGCUUCCUUUCAUUCUUCUUCUGCUUCUGCUCACACUCUUCCUCGUCGGUCUUUGCUGUUUCCUUAAACGACGAUCCGCUCGCAGACAUAGAGGUUUAUAAUCUAAAAUAUAACCACUACUUUCUCUCUUCGAAGGCUGCUGAGCAGGAGGAUUUUUAAAAAAGCGACAGAAGCCUGUCCUAUCAUUCUAACUUUCGAAGUUCAGACUCCUCAAACAUACUUCAAAAAUCUUUAAAAAAUUCGUGAAAAAAAGGCUUGAAAAUAAUCAUUGGGUUUAGAUCAUCGCGAGAUCGGUGUCGUCAACCGCGACUUCGAAAAAGGUUCGACUUGAAAUUUCAUUACUACUAUACGUUCAAAAAAAAAAAUUUUACACCUUAUAGAAGGCUAGUGAUUUUGAUAUAGCUAUAACCGGAUUAGAUUUUGAAUGUCAAGUCAUCACUCAAGCUCCGCCCCUAUGCUAAGAUCAAUGCAAUCAGAGAGCGGUUUUAGGGGCGGAGUUUGCUGCUCACACUGAAAUUAGAAAAGUAUACUUAUUUUGAUUCCCUACAAAAACCCAUUUCAGACCGGCCAGCCGUCGUGAGAACUGAUGUCCGCAACACGCCCUCGAACAGUUACGUCGUCGCCGAGACGACUCGAACUGUCACCGGAGCUCCCGUCAAAGAUAACGUCACUCACGUCGACAACGUGAACCACGUCCACCACCCAGCUUACAUUGAUCGCUAA